UUACAAAGAGUAAUUAUUAUCAAGCACCAUUCUCAUUACGUGAUUUCGGAGGACAAUGCUAUUGACUACGGAGAACAGGCGAACACCGAUGCCGUCAAACUGAGAGUAUACUCAUUGGUUCAGCCCAUCGGACAGAUACUGAACGCCGCAGAGGAACGAUACAAGAAAGUGGGGUUAACUGUACCCAUACAGCUCUAUGAGGCGACUAAACUGUUUGCCUUAGAGACUAUUCCCUGGGUUUUCCAACAGUUUAAAGCCGUGGCCAACGAGACUGAUAGAGAGCGAGUGACCGCACAAUUCAUUGGCGAAGUCCAUGGGUUUAAUUAUAUGAGCGAACGAUUGGAUAAACUCCGUCAGAGUCGCCCAUUGAAUGUAACAGGGUCGGCCGAGAAUUUGCUUGGUAGAAUUCACGCAAUGGAUGUGUUUAUGCAAGGUGCAUUGGAUGGUGAAAUUGCCAAUGCUUCCCAUCCAGUUUGGGUGGCAUUUCACCAGAGGAUAAAGCAAUUCCUAGCUACCGAAAUGCCCAAAUUGUACAAGGCUAUUGAUGAAUUACCAUGCGAACAGUCUAAACUGGGAAAUCUCCAAAUAUUGUCUAAACGAUUUCAUUUCUUUGGUAAUCGUAAUACCCGUCCAUUCCGUGUGGCAAAUGUCACACACGUGUCGGCCAUUGGUUUGAAUGCAUCGCUGAAGACAUUUGAUGUGAAUGUGAGCCAUAGAUCCACUGCAAGCGCACGGAGUUAUCAUCGAUUCCUCGGCAUCCGUGGAAUUGUAACGUGCGAUAAAUCGGCGAGCAGCACCGCGAUGUUUUUCUGCUUAGAAUCCUCAGUAGGUAAUCGGGCAAUGGCUGAGUACAGUUUGGGAAAUUCGACACCUAUUCAACAACUCAUCGGCCGAUCCUUUGACCACCACAUCAGCGCUCUUACGGAUUUUGUCCAACCGUUUGCUCAUAUAAUUAAAGCCGUGGACUUCGCCCAAGAACUGUGCGGUCACUCGGGAUCUAUCGGUAGAGUUGCCGAUGGACUUGACCUGACUGAACACCCAGGGUAUGGUCUCAAUGACAAACACCUUAGCGUCUUCGUACAGCCCUAUGGGUACGGG